GUUGCGGAUGUAAACAAACACAUCUGCUUUCAUUCCAAUGCAAUGUUCCGGUUUACCGAAACUAGUCCGUUUAAUUAUGUGGAUUACUUUGUAAGGGCAGUACAGUUCUUGGCUAAAUAUAAGUGGAUAUUCUGUUACAAUAAUACCAAGUUUAUACGAAGCGGUGUGUUGGAAGAAUUGCCCCAACAAUGGAUCGCCGAUCUGAAUGCUGUAUCGAACGAGGAGUUCAACCAAAUACCUUUAGGAUUUAUCAAGGACACGUGGUGCGAUUCCUUUCGAGAAUUCCUAUUGCAAGUGACGCAGCUUCAAGUGCAGUACGACCAGCAUGAUAACGUGCCACACAAAGACAAUCGCCAAAAGCCGGCACGAAAAGGAAUCAAUGCGAAAAAAGCGUACGAAAUAGAUAAUCUCUGUAGCUUCAUCGAAUCGGUACAAUGUCGAGCGAAUACAACGUUGUAUGUUGAUUUCGGAAGUGGUUUGGGUUAUCUGAGUGAACUUAUCCACGAACGAUGCGGUGCAAAUGUGCUUGGAAUCGAAGGAAACGCAACCCUUGUACAAACGUGCAACAACCGUCUGUCGGUUCACAAAACGAAAGCAGUACAAUACUGUCAUCAUUUCAUAACUGAAGAUUCGUACGGCUUUAUCGAACAAGAGCGCAACAUCCGGUUUGGCACCCACCAACAGCUGCCAGCUGCCGUGGUUGGUCUGCACGCUUGUGCCGAUCUUUCCAUAACGGCCAUUAACUGUUUCUUGCGCUGCGAAUGGGUCAAAAGUCUCACGAUUAUGCCAUGCUGCUACCACCGAAUGGUACCGCGAGACGAAACGGUACCGAACGAGUUUCUAAACUUUCCUCUCAGCCAACAACUCCGAGCCUUGCUGAGCGAGGAUGGUAAACGGGGGAUAAUUUGUCGAUCUUUCUUACGACUCGGUUGUCAGCAAACGUCCGCUCGCUGGAAGGAACGAACGGUUGAGCAACAUCUCCAGCACGGCCGGAUAAUGUUUCGUCGCGGAUUGAUUGACGCCGUGUUAGAGCAGGAUGAAUCGGUUCGAGUCGGCAAGCUAAAUGUAGUGCCGGAAGUAACCACCGUAGAUAACAUGCUGGAACAAUUCAAGCUGCUUAAAGAAUUUGACCAGGUUUCCCGUGAGACUCGAUGGACGGAACAGCAUAGGGAAAGGCUAUCUGCGUUGCUGGAAAAGUAUGGAACAGAUGGUCCAAAGCUAGCGGAAUACAUUGAGUGCCUUCAAACUUGCCUACAGUCAAUCUGCGAAAACGUGAUACUGCUCGAUCGCAUGUGCUACCUGGAAACGGUAGCCCAACAGACGGGAUUACAAGUGCGUCGGAAUCUAGUAAGGUUACGGGACGAUGGACUUUCACCACGGUGCUUUAUAGUUUACGCUUCAAAAGGCCGAUAGAAAAAGGAGACAAAACACCGGGGGGGUUUUUUUUCCAGAGCACUAAUAUUUAUUUUUUACAGUAUAAUGCUAUUUUACAAGAACAGUGCCGACGAGAUAACAUGGUUCUGAAUGUUUCUUCUGUAUGUUGCAUGUGUCUUUGGUUCUGCAAACCCGCACGUCAUACUUAAAUCGAUGUACUUGUUAGAUCGUACGCGUGUGUGUUGGAAAGUGGGACAGAACUUGUAAAUCAGUUGGUUGUGUGGUAAAAUAAAUGAACCUAACAUUGUACACAUGAUCGGAAAAGCAAACAAGCUAA